AUGCUAAUUCGUUUCAAACUGUCUGAAAACGAAACCACAGCAGCGUUCUACAACGGUACUAACACCACUAAUUCGUCUUACUAUUUCACAGCUCAUCCUGCCAACAUUAGCCAAGGAGAAAAUUUAAUAAACACCAUCUAUACUAACCAAGCAGCUCUUACAGCAUUGUACAUCGCAUACAUUCUCCUAUUUCUAUUUUCCUUGGCUGGAAACAUCUUUACAAUCUACGUAAUAAACAAAUCUCCUAAAACUUCUUGCAAUAUUUAUUUGAGAAGUUUCACCCUGGCGUCCACUGUUUUGGUGUUUUCGACUCUAACUUCGAAUCACUUAAUCGUCAAUACGAAAUUGUACGAGGAGCGCGGCUCAUUUAUUAUUAACGUUAUUGAUGCUAGUGACUUUUUGCAGUUAUGGUCAGGCCUGGCGAUGCUCUACAGCGCAAUUGCUGUAUCCGCACGACAAUUUUGUCUCAUGAGUUGUAUGAUGAUUAAAUCGAACAGAGCCACUCUAUUCGUCGUCUUUAUCUGGCUCCUGACAUUUGUAUACACAAUUAUGUUUUAUUGGGAGUUGAAAAAGACAGAUAAAUUUAUACCAUUCGGGAUUGUGACUUUCAUUGUUAAAUACUGCCUACAAAAAGAUGGAGUAUAUUUGCUGAGAUGCCAGACUGUGCUGAUUGACAUGUUUAUAUUUAAUUAUGGGAUUGGUUAUCUAAUUUGCUUAGCUCACGCCCUCAUUUGGGGCAUGAUUUCUACUGGGAAGCAAUUUUCGUGGGGGCCACAGUGUCUAAGAUCUAGAGGUAAAAAAAACCAUUGCGGUCUGUUGAGUUGGACUCGCGACAAUAACACAAAACUCUUAGCCAGCCUUUCCUGCUUCUAUUCUCUGGUCCAUUACCCAGCCGGGUGUUUGGCGGAGAGCUACGCAUACUGCAGUGGCAGUAGCUACUUUGUCUACAAAGAAGCUUACUACAAAGCGCUUUUCCAGCUACUUCAAGUGCUUCUCGUGUUCAUAAAUUCAGUAAUUUUUGUUACACUGAAUAAGAAUGCUAGGGAGCUAUUGGAAAAGAUGAAAAUUCGUUUGUGGGAACUGUUUAAUAAUAAUAAUGAUAAUAAUAAUAAUAAUAAUAAUGACGAUAAUAAUGAUAAUAAUAAUGAUAAAAGCAAUAAUAAUCAAACUCUUAAUGUUACUUAUAACUAUGAUUAUUAUCACAAUAAUGUCAUUAAUAAUAACAACAACAACAUCAACAGCAGCAACAACAGCAACAACAGCAACAACAACAACAGCAACAACAGCAACAACAACAACAGCAACAACAACAACAACAGCAACAACAACAACAACAGCAACAACAACAACAACAGCAACAACAAUCGUAAUGGAAUCACUAUUCAGUACCGUUAUAAUUACGAUAACGAUAUUGUUGGUGACCUCGAGAGAUGCUCGAGCAACACGAGCAGACGCACAGCUCGAGCACGAGCAAUCAUCUCAGCCAUUGUAGCCAGUUACAACGUCGUGAAUGCAGUAGUUGAUUCCAUCUGCAUCAGAGUUUGGCUCACCUGCGUGCCAGAAGUUUGA